GUUUGUUUUUUACCUUAAAUGAUUUGACAGUGUUUAAAGGACAUAGCAGGACAUUGGAACUAUAUUACACCAAAUUACUUUUACUAUUUGAUACUUAAGUUCAUUUGAAGCAAGUACUUUUAUACUUUUACUCAAGUCGACGUUUCAAGGGAGUAUUUCCACUUUUACUGUAGUAAUAUUUUGCACAUAUCUCAACUUUUACUCAAGUACGUGGUCUGAGUACUUUGUCCACCACUGUAGGUAACUAACCCAGACGAGCUUUUCUGAACUUGAUUCUGUUUUUGGGACAGGGAUAUUCAGAGCUGGAGAACUACGGAGCAGCUGUCGAGCAUGGAUGACUUGGAUGUCACAACACUGUCUGUGUUACAAGCUGCUGAUGUUGAUGAAGGGGUUUUAAAAACCCUCUCUCGGGAGGAUCUUUUGGAUCUUCUUCCUGGACCACAGAACUUUCUGCGAAGAAAGAAGUUGUGGGAUCACAUUCAUCCAAAGGAACAGAGUGAGAAUGCAGUGAGAGAAGCCAUUGAUCAGCCAUCCAUGUUGCCAAGCCAGCCAUCCACACAUGCCAUGUUACCAAGCCUGCCAAGCCAGUCAUCCACAAGUGCCAUGUGGCCAAGCCCGCCACGGACCUCCACCCCCAAAAGCCAUCACCAGAAAACCGUAAAAAUGCCGGACCCUCCUGAGUAUGUGGUAUACACCGAUUCAGAACUUGACUUGGUUCGGAGCCAGUAUUUUGAACUGCUACGCAGUGGGAAAGGGUCACAGUGCAAGAUGUCUAAAGACCUAUUUUGCAGACUGAUAAGGAACACUGUAACCAGCAUGGUGGCUAUCCUCCGUGCCAGUAGUUCGUGUCAAGAACAGAUGUACCCUUCAAAAAGGGAAAUUCAGGCAGUGGCUGAGAAGAUUGUUGAUUAUUACCCUAUGCUGCAAGACUCAUCAAACACGCCUUAUCUGACUGUGUACUCUAAAAUGUAUAAGCGUAUCCAAAACAUCAAGUCCUCAAGAAAAAGGCAAGGACGAAUGCCACAACGGGGGGUACCUAAGAAGAGGUCUCUCCUUGAGUCAGGUCUUGAAGAUGACAGUGAUGCUUCAACCAAUUUGUCGGUUGCUUCAACAGUAAUUCUGCCGGACAGCGAUGAUAACGAUGCUGAGCUCAGCCAAGACCAGGACAGCCGCAAAACACAAGCAAGGCACUAUCGGACAUUGCAGACCAUGUACAGCAAACCUAAGUCUAAGCCAAAUGGAAGUGAUGUUGCUCAGAUUUUUGACUUGGAGUUCGAGGCCAGGCGGGCCUUUAUUGAUUCUGAUGCAACAAAGGAAGAAGACAAGGCAGCCAAGAUUAUGGAUGCAUAUCCAUGUUUUAGAGAUCCCCGACAUGCAGUUGACGAGCUUGGGCGUAUCCUUGGUGGCGCCAACAGUAAAUACAUUGACGAUACCAAGAAAAGAUGGCAGACCUUCUGUACCAAUGUCCAAUUCUAUGGUCGGUGGAAGAAGGUCCUAAAACCCCCCAUUCCUGUGGAUAUGGCUGGAGCGGAUUUCACCAUUGCCCUUCUGAAGGCAUUACCAUCCCUCUUCCCAUCACCAACACCACCACCAAAACGUCUCGGAGGAGCCAGUGAAGCAUUAAUUCAUGUCCUUGAGGAAAAUGAGGAUCCCAACAAGUACCUUGAGAAACGCCAACUGUCCUCCCCAGUCCUUCUAUACGACGGUAGUACCUGCAUUCUCGCAAUUGGCAACUCCCCUGUGAGUACUCUGGAAGAUGUCUUCAAUGGUAUGCUUUCAUUGAUGGCCUACUACUACACCCUUCACUUGACCUAUCCGAAGUUUGUUUCCACACUUCUGUCUGUAAUUCAGACUGAGGUGCUUCAUGAUGCAAUUCAUGAUUGGGAUGCCACAACGGCAUACAAGAAGGCUAUGAAUGAAUGGAAGUCGUUUGUUAAGAAUUAGAUCAAGCCAUGCUUAAAUUUCUCCUGUAAUAUCCAAAUACAGAAAAACAUUGGUUGUUCAUAA